AAAUGCGGCCUGGGCUAAUCCCUAAACUCCGGCGCUGGGUGACCGCGACCUCUUCCUGAUUAACAGUGAAAGUCCGGUGCUCAGACACAAAAGGUGCACCUCCAACGUCAACCUAAUGUAGGACGACAACGCAGGACGCUGGAGGCUGACUCUCACACUCGGUAGCGAUGUUUCCAGAGUGAGCGCCACCCCCUUCAGGCCACCAUGAGCGUGACGGGCGACGACCCCGACGCGGAUCACCAUGCCGAGCUGGCCGACACGGUGGCAGCCAUGAGCGUCAACACGCCUACUGCGCCCAACGGCUAUCGCUCGGCCGCCUCUCACCGGGCCCGCUUCUCCAACAGAAAGUUGUCCCUGCAGGAGCGCGGCGGACGCGUCUUCAGGCAGCCUACCAUCGAAACCAAGAGGGUGUCCAUCACUGACACAGAGGACUUUGUGCAGCUGAACCAGUACAAGCUCAAAAAAGAAAUUGGAAAGGGUUCCUACGGCGUGGUGAAACUGGCUUACAAUGAAGAUUCGGAACAAUAUUACGCUAUGAAGGUUGUUUCUAAGAAGAAGCUCAUGAAGCAAUUUGGUUUUCUGCGUCGCGCGAUGCCCCCCCAGCAGGAGGGCUUCCCAAAGGCUUCCCUGCCCUUGGAGAAGAUCUAUCGCGAGAUCGCCAUUCUCAAGAAGCUAGACCACCACAAUGUGGUCAAGUUGGUGGAGGUUCUUGAUGAUCCUGACGAAGAUGGACUUCACAUGGCCUUCGAACUGAUGACCAGAGGUCCUGUGAUGGAGGUGCCCACUGAGGAGCCCCUGACUGAGGAGCAAGCUCGCUUUUACUUCCGAGAUCUCGUCCUGGGCAUCGAGUAUCUGCACUACCACAAAAUUAUCCACCGGGACAUCAAACCGUCCAACCUGCUCCUGAGCGAUGACGGCCACGUAAAGAUCGCUGACUUUGGCGUGAGUAACGAGUUUGAGGGAGCGGACGCGCUGCUGUCCAGCACGGCCGGCACCCCCGCCUUCAUGGCACCCGAGACCAUGGAGGAACACCAACGAGAGUUUAGUGGCAAGGCGUUAGACGUGUGGGCCAUGGGGGUAACACUCUACUGCUUUGUCUAUGGAAAGUGUCCUUUUUAUGAUGACUACAUCGUUUCUCUGCAUAACAAGAUCAAGAACAAGCCUGUGGAAUUCCCACAAAUGCCUCAGACAAGCGAAGAACUGAAGCAUCUCAUUCAAAACAUGUUGGACAAAAAUCCACAAAGCAGAAUCACUGUCCCGCAAAUUAAACGCCACCCAUGGGUGACAGAGUCAGGAGCGUGCCCUCUUCCGCUGGAGGAGGAUCAUUGUACGGCAGUGGACGUGACAGAUGAGGAAGUUCAGAACAGCGUCACACUCGUUUCCAGCCUCUCUGCUGUGAUUUUGGUGAAAUCAAUGCUCAGGAAGCGCUCAUUCAGCAAUCCCUUUGAGUGUCACGCCAGACGGGCAGAGAGGUCCAUGUCUGCCCCCGGUGGUCUUUUAACUGGUUCUUGGGGUCUUUUGGGAUCUUCUGUGCAACUUCACCCUUCUCUGAGGAACAACAGCCGUGACGGCAGCCGCGACGGCGAACUGGAGGAUUUGUUUGAAGACGAGGCGUUCACAGAAUGUUCAGACUCCGCUCAGACAAGUUAGAAUGUACUGCAUUGUUGCAUAAAGUAAAACAAAAACAUGAAAGCUCUACAAAGAAUAAUUGUUUACAUUUUCCUACAUUGAUUUAAAGGAAAAAAAAAAAAAAAAAAAAAAAGAAAAAAAAAGGGCAAGUGAAGCAUGUGCAUUUUAAACACUAGAUGGCGCAUAAUUCUUUUGAGCAUAUUUUUAGCCUAAAAGGAAUUACUCGCAAGAGAAUGCAUGCGCACCAUACUGAAUUAGGAUCGAUCGCUCAAUAAAAAAAUAAGUUAAACACAGAUAAAGAUUGCAAUGAAAAACAAAUCAUGAUCCCAUUAGCAGACUUUUAUAGGUCCACUGUAAA